CUGCGCUGAGUGUCAAUACGGAAGCAGGGCAGCAGUGUGAGCGUGUGUGGUGUUGGUGUGUGUAUGUGUGGUCAUUUUCUUCUCUUUAGAUGCUCGUUUUCGGUCAGAAUGUGCCGCUGAUCUGUGUGAUUUGGCUGGAGCGAUGAUCCCCAUCCCGGUGGUGGUGUGUGUGCUGGGAGGCUGGUGCGCUGUUUAUCUGCUGGACACAGCGCUCAGGCAGUCGUCCCCCUCCGUGAAGAGCUCCUAUGAGUCGUGGCUUUCUGCUAACGGCCUCUCAUUGUCCCCCUUCCACAUCCGCUGGCACACCAGCCUCUUCAACCGCCUCUUUGCCAGAUGUGCACAUUUCAACCCCCGCUUUCUUUACAUAUGGUUCAGUGCUGGGAUGGUGUUUGGGGUCGUGGCCAUGUUUGGUUCUGUAGUGCUGCUGGGCAGAACUCUGAUGCAGACUCUGGCUCAGAUGAUGGCCGAGACCCCUGAGGGAUCCCAUGAGCAGGUGUUGCAGGUGGUGGUGCCUGGUGUGAAUCUGCCUGUCAGUCAGCUGGCCUACUUCUUUGUUGCUAUUCUGGUCAGUGGGCUCAUACAUGAGUUUGGCCAUGGGGUGGCAGCACUGAGGGAGCAGGUGAGGCUAAACGGCUUCGGCAUGUUUAUGUUUGUAAUCUAUCCGGGUGCGUUUGUGGACCUGUUCACCACUCACCUGACCCUCAUCUCUCCUGUGCAGCAGUUGCGCAUAUUCUGUGCUGGUGUUUGGCACAACUUCAUGCUGUGCGUGGCUGCUGUGUGCUUCCUCCUCCUGCUGCCCCUCCUCCUCUUCCCCUUCUACUACACUGGAGCAGGAGCCCUGGUUACAGAGGUCGUGGAGGGCUCUCCGUCUAGUGGUCCUCGUGGGCUCUUUGUUGGGGAUUUGGUCACUCAGUUGGAGGACUGUAGUGUGAAAGGGGUGGAGGACUGGCACUCCUGCCUCCACCAGCUCGCCCACCAACCUCAGAGUGGCUACUGCGUCCCCUCUGCCACCCUGCAGCUCAACCGGGCAGCUGGCAGAGCUUACAAGCGUCUAGAUGGGACGAUGGAGUGUUGCAGCAAUAGCAGCCUGACUGAUCUCUGCUUUGCGUAUAGCAGUAACCUGGAGAGCAGACUCUUCGCCUGCCUGCCGGCUAGAAAGACCAUCCAAGCGAGCCGUACGUGCCGUACCAACGCAGACUGCCAGACGGACUUCAGCCCCAGCCUGUGCGUGAUCCCCUCGCUAGAGAACCAGACGCGGCUGAUACGGGUCAAGCAUGCGCCCCAGGCAGACAUGCUGUUUGUGGGCUAUCCUUCUCACCUGCAGUUCUCAGUGAGUCUGACCAACUUUGUACCUCGCCUGGGCUUCCUUCACUUGGACCUGCCUGUGAUGCUGGAGACCCUGAGCAAGUACCUGGUGUCGUUGUCCGGUGCUCUGGCGGUGGUGAAUGCAGUGCCCUGCUUCGCUCUGGACGGACAGUGGAUGCUGACCGCCUUCCUGGAGGCCACUCUGUGCAAGCUGGUUCCAGAGAAGAGCAGCCGAGAACUGCUGGGCUUCUUCAUCCUGCUGGGGGGCAGCGCUCUUUUAGCUGCUAACGUGGCUUUAGGCUUAUGGAUGGUCACAGCACGAUAACAGACAGCUGCCUCCUCCGACUGGGAGGAGAGGAUUUUUGUUUUAUACCCUUUAGUGAUUUUCCGGAAGGACAGAUACAUUUGAGCAGCCGGAGCAGCAAAGACUGUAAUUCCCAGCAUGCGGCAGCAGUUGAGGAAGUCUGGUGGACAAAGAGCUGCUGUGAUGGAACAGUUGUGACAGAAAACACACUGAAAGAUUAGAGACUCUCUAGUGCACAAUGACCUCCAAUCCAGUGCCUGUGAAGACUAACACUCUUUACCACCCACGCAGAUCUGUCUUACUGGGAAACCUGUAAAUCACAUGAUUGGUUCUUCUUUCAGUGAAGUUUUAUCCUGUUUGUUCUUCCUCACUUUAUCAUUUCCCUCUAAUGUACAUUCGCUACUGCGUUCGUUCCCAGCUCAGUGUGUUGGUGUUUCAUUACACGUUUUCGUGUGAAAUGAAUAUGAUUUGAUGAGCCUGAACAAACUGCAUUGUCCAGAGAUUUUAUGUCCUUAAUUUACCUGCAAUAUGAUGUGUGUUUGUUAAUUUAUUGUGUUUUUUGUUACCUAUCCAAACCAGCCUGACAUAAAGUUGACUUUCAGGGGUUGCCUA